CUCUCUCUUAUUUGAGGCAGUUUCGUUCCGUGCAGACGAAAGCUCUGCGAGAUGGCCGUCGCGUCGGACUAAGCCAUCCGUCGAGCGUCUGAAAGGGAGGAAAGAAAUAGAAAGCCGAGGAGAGAGAGAGGGAGGAGGAGAGACAUCGGCGAUGAGGGACGGUUAUGGCGGCGCUGCCCAGGACUCAGCGGCGAGGAUCCGGCGGCAGCGGGAGGCGGAGAGGCUUGGAAUCCACGAGCCGAAGAACAGGUUCUCCUACGCCGGCACCUCAGAGGGUUUGCAUCAGCGAGAGGAAUAUUACGAAGAGGAAGAAUAUGAUGGAUAUGAGGAGGAACCUUCUGAGCCAGAGGAAGAAGAGGAACCGGAACCUCCAAAGCCCACUAGGGAGGAACAAGAAUUUCUCAAAUUGCGGGAGCGGCUAAAAGAUAAUAUUAGACAAAAGUUAAAGAAACAAAGUGCUAGUACUUUUGGUCAUUCAUCUCAAUCCCAAGACAAGAAGAGGACAACAUCAAAUGACAAAUUUGGCUCCUUUUUUGGCCCUUCACAGCCCAUUAUUGCUCCACGAGUCAUUGAAGAAAGCCGUUUAAUUCGGGAGAAUAAGCAUAUUGUGGCUAAGGUUUCGAGUUCUGGUAACAAAAGAGAUCCCACAUCUUCAGAAGUAAAGACACAUGUGCACCAUCAGAAAACAAGAGUUGUUAAUGAGGUAAAAAAGAAGGCACAGACACUUAAAGACAUGCGAGAUUAUUCGUUUCUAUUGUCAGACGAUGCUGAUCUUCCCUCCUCUGAAAAAGAGCAGCCUUCAACCAGAAAUGUUUCUGCUCCAAAGGCUGAUGGUCGGUCAGCCCAAACACCAUUGAAGAGCAGGAUACCUACAAGUAAACCUGUAAAGCCAACCUUGAAUGGUCAUGAAUUGAAGAAGCCAGCUUCUGCCAUUCGGCCUAUGCAAACCAAAGUAGGUGCUGUGAAAGAAGCUCUUGUAAACAGAUCCAAGUCAGCUUCAGUUGAACCUAGAAAAGUGCUUGGUGGUGGUGCUGGAAAUGGGCCUCUCCACACUACGGGGAGUAAAGCUUUACCCUCCAAGGUGCCUGCUCAGAUUAGCAGUACAAAUAAGCCUGCUGGGAAGGCUACAAGUGAUCCUAGUUUAAAGAAGAACCCUUCAUCUGCCAAGCCACAUUCUUCAGCCCAAAAUUAUCACCGUGAUCAGAAAAGAGUAACCCAAGUACCAGAUAGAGUAAAAACAACAACAAAACAGCCCUUGUCUUCUGCAAAAGCUCAGCCAUCUAAGCAAAUCCCAUCUCGUGACAUCCAUGAGGACCGUUCAAAGAAAAGGCCUGUGAGAAGACACUUGGAUGAAGAGGAAGAUGAUGUUGAUGAUGUUCGUGGACUUAUCAGAAAAAUGUUUAGGUAUGAUCCUAGUAAAUAUGCAGAGCAAGAUGAGGAUGUCAGUGACAUGGAGGUUGGUUUUGAUGUUAUCCAGAAGGAAGAGCGAAGAAGUUCCAAGAUUGGUAGAGAGGAGGAUGAAGAGCAACUUCGCCUCAUUGAGCAAGAAGAAGAAGAAGAGAGGCGAAGAAAGCUAAUGACAAAGAAACAGAAGAUACGCCAUCGGUGAUGCUGACUGAAAUCAUACCUUUGAAGGGUUGCUAAACUCCAUCUGGUUGUUGUAGAGAUGAGAUAUCAAAGAUGGAAUCGCUUUGCUGCUUUUCCCACGUUAUAAUUUCACUCGUGAAGAUCGUUCAAUUUUCAUGUUGGUUUUACAGCCAUAUGAAGGUUCAGUUUCCUCCCUUGAGAGCUCAACUGAUGUAAUUUAUGCUGUGAACUCUCAUGUGGCUGUCAGACUGCUACUGCACCCAUAUCUGUUGGGUCACAGGAUGUGCUCGUGGGGAUGGAAGUGAACAAAAAAAAGAAAAGGUCCCAUUCAUCCGGACAAGUGGAUGGUACAGAUCCUGAGAGUUCCUCCGGGAUCCAUCUAGAAAUGUCUGUUGAUCACAUCACAAAUUUUAGCUUUUGACCUGUUGCCAAAUCACUACCAUCAUGAUUUUUCAAGUAGAUUAACUUUUUUUUUUUUGCCAUUUUCUACUGAUGCCAAAUCUUAGGCCUUCUGACCUCCAUGAGGCUGUUGUACUUCCAUUCUCUUGUGUGUCUCCAUUAUUUUGAAUAAUGAAUUGAGGUUAAGUUGAA